CCUAAAAUCCUCCCUUUCAAACCCUAACUAAGUCCCUUGCUCGCUGGGAAGCUCACCUACCUCCCUCCACCGAUGAAGUCAUCGUCGACCUCAGACAAGCCACCGGCGUCGAAUUCAUCGAGGCCGAGUCCGACGCCGACGUAAACAAGCUGGCCGUGAUCCGGUCCACGAUACCGAGGCCUUUAUCAGUCUCUGCCGGACAUUGACACGAGGUCGAUGCGAUGCUGUGAUGGCGGUGAUGGCGACGGUGUUCUCCGGCGGAGUGGCGUCGCGGGUGACGGUUCACCACGCGGUGGCGGAUGGGAAAGGGGUGUGGAUGUUUAUGGAUAUGUGGGCCGCCUCUUGUAGAGGAGAGGACGCGGUGAGCUUGCCGGUGCAUGAUCGGGCGGUGAUCGUACACGAGGGAGGUGAGGAGAUCGCGAGACGGUUCGUGAAGGCGUUGGCACCGGAGAUUCCCAAGAUGCCGGCUCAUCCUCUCCCUAUAGAGCACCGCCUCCGUCUCCAACGUCGAACCUUCAUCCUCUCGUCCUCCGCCGUCCAAUCCCUCAAAGACCGCAUCCUCUCCCAAUCCAAUGGCUCACAUUCUCCCUCCACAUUCACCGCCAUCUCAGCCCACGCAUGGGUCUCCAUCGCCAAAACCAUUGCUUCUGCCGCUGUUGACGUCACCAACCUCAUCUUCCUUGCCGACUGUCGUUCCCGCCUUAACCCUCCCCUCCCCGACUCCUAUGCUGGCAACUGCGUGGGCCCCUGCUACGCCACCGCCAUGUGGCACGCCCUUCUGGGCCCUCAAGGGCUCUUGCUCGCGCAGGCGGAGGUCGCACGUGCUGUACAAGAGCGGGCGAAGGACCCAUUGAGGGGGUGCGAGAAUUGGGUAGAGGAGUUCAUGGGGGUAGCGGAGUCGGGUCGGGUGGUUGUUUCUGGUUCACCUAGGUUUAGGGUUUAUGAGACGGAUUUCGGGUGGGGGGAGUUGGGUCGGGUUGAGUUGGUCUCCAUGAAUAAGGAUAUGGAGGUAGUGUUGGUGGGAGGGAGGGAGCCAGGCUCGGUUCAGGUGUCGAUUGUAUUGGACCCGGGUCAGAUGCGUUUGUUUGCUGAGGUGUUUUUGGAUGGACUGGAGGUUUAAAAUGCAAUAUGGGGAAAUUGUUUAUGGAGCCACGGAGCAGAUGUUUACCUAUCCGCUGAUUGACUAGUCGUAUUGAUGACUUGGUUCGUAUCUAGACUGCCAGCUAUCUUUGAAAUGUGUUGAUUAUUAAUUCUUUGGACCGCAGUUAUUUGGCUUUUUUCCCCCGCAUUGAACACGCCGGUCAAUUGCAGAAGGGUCACAUCAAUUUAUAUUCUCUUUUUUAUGGUUUUUUUUUUUA